AAACGUGGUAUUACUGGCCCGGCUGGCCCCGCUGAUGCUCAGGGUAUUCCUGGACCAACUGGCCCCGCUGGCCCUCGUGGUUCCACUGGCCCUCAUGGUGCAACGGGCGUUGUUUUUAAUCACACAGCAGAUGGGAAUUAUGAUAUGACAAACAAAAAACUGACAAAUAUGGCUAAAGGAACUGCUUCCAGUGAUGCCUUAACAAAGAAUCAACUUGAUAUUAAAAUAUCACUAUCUGGUGGAUUAAUGAUCGCCAAUUUGGAUAUGAAUAGCAAUAGGAUAUACAAUGUGGCACAACCAAAUGGUGAUAAUCAACCAGCUACAAAAAUUUGGUCAGAAAAUAAAUUUCUGGAUAAAUCCAGUGGAGUUAUGGCAGGACCACUAAAUAUGUCCAAUAAUAAAAUUACUAAUAAUCUACCAAUGGCAACAGCAAAUGGAGAUGCGGUGGAUUUUGAUUUCUUCAAUAAACAACCAUACCUGGGUCUAGAAUCGUCCAUAACCAAUUUCACGUUAACAAUGCUAAUUUAGUUGGUAUAAUACAGAGUGGACAUGAAUAUUCUCAUGAAGUUGGGACUAUUGAGUGGGCUAAAAACAAAUUUUUAGAGAAAAACGGAUAUACUUCUACGACUGGUGAUUUGAAUACGGUAAACAAUAAAAUAACCAAUCUAGCCGACCCCCAGUCGGAUAAAGCUGCUAUUAAUAAGCAGUAUUUGGAAAAAUCUCACGUUAAACCCAGCCAUUACAACAAUGAAUUCAAAUACUUGAUGACUAAUAAAUUAAGACGGACUGAUCUUCAGUCGGAUAGUUUUGACAUUACUAAAAUUGAUAAUUUAAUGCCCCAAGAGGGUAACUACCAUCAAUACAACCACAAAGUUCUAUUCACAACUAUUAUAAAGGACCAGCAAGGCGGCUAUUCGUAUAAAAUGGGAAUCAAUUUUUAUCAACUUGAUAGGAAUAAAGACUAUACUCUCUGUAUUGAAAUCCUCAAUUCAGAUUACCAAUUAUGGCACAAAUCAGUUGCUACAAUUGAUAAAACCACAUCGCAAGGAGUAUCAAUUGCUGGUUUUACGGUACAAACAUUUUCUCACUGGUACACAUAUAAUAGUGGGCGUGUUGCGUACAUGUACUAUAUUAAAAUAAUUGUAAACUUUCAAAAAAACUGUAUCAAAUCUGCUUUACAGUCUGCAUCUUUAUGUUAAUAUACCCCAAGCGGGUAUUGAUCUCAAUACAUAUCCAGCAAAUCGGACAAAAAAGCUGGAUCAUCGCUUAUGGUGUUUUUGAUAUCAAACCAACAGAAGAUGUUUAAAAUGUUGAUCUGGAUAUAAACUGAAAGAAGAUAUUAAACAUUGCUCCCGAUAAAGCUCGAAAUAAUAGCACAGCUACCGUGAAGAUGGUAAAGGAUCUGUAUCCUUACACGAAAAAUAAUGUGUAUAGGGAAAUAUUUGAAGAAUUUGAUGAUUUAAGCGAUGUUGGUAUCUAUAAAACUGUAACAGGACGUCCAUCACCUAUCAUAUUUAGGGGCUUACUUCCUAACAUAUCAUUUUCCAAUAUGAAUAUUGCCAAUGUUUUUUUUUGAGGGGGGGGGGCGGAUUGAGGAUACAAAAUAAAAAACUGAAUUUAGCAUUAUUCAGUAAAAGGAGCUUUACUAUUUGUGUUGUUAUGCAGCUGUGGCUAAAUAGAUCAAUGUAUAUAAAAACGUUUAUGAGCAAUGGAACUCAUGAAAAACCACAUUUGAUUUAUGACAAAACAACAAAGAAAUUAAAACUUCAAACUAAUGGUCUGAGAGUUGGGACAACUAAUGAAACUUCUAUCACUUUACUAAACAGUUUCAAUGGUAAAAGAGUUGUGUUUUGGCUAACUAAGAAAGGUACGGGGGGUACACCAACAGUAAAAGCAUCAAUAUCCAAUUAUUCUGCAACCUUAACACUAAGUUCAGCUUUAGCAUCUCAAUGUAACUACACGUUCAGAAUAUCCUCAGAAGAUGCAGUGAUCCAUAAAGUAAUGUACAACCCAAACUCUUACGACUUCGAUUCUGUCCAAUUUCGUACAAUAAUGAUGCAAGAGAAAUUGAACGGCCCAUAUGUUAUGUAAUUAGUCUAAACUAAUAAUAUAUAUGAGUAUAUUCAACUUCAACCACAUUGACAAAAACAAAACAAAAGAAGAGAUACAGAAGAUUAAAGAGCUAUAUAAAUAUUACCACUAUAGAUACUGGUGUUAUCAAGAGGCGUACAAAUACUUUAAGAAACUAAACUUAGCCAUAAAUAUGUCUUCCACUGGUUUGAUAGCAGUUGGAGCUAUUGCAGGUGGUUUAACUCUUCAACCUGCUAUUCUUGGAAGUAUAUCUGGUGCUGGUUUGGCAUUAAAGACUUUCUCAGAGACUAAAGAUUAUAAACGUAAAAUAGAAACGAGUAAGUUCGCCUAUACAACUUACCAAAAAGUAUUGCUCGAUCUUAGAACUGCUCUAAGAGGGGGCUUAUUUGAUAAAAAUGAUGUCCUAAAAGAAUUAAAUAUACUUGAUGAUAUCAUUACCGAUUUUUGCUCAUUAGUAACAAAAUUUGAUGAACAAUAUGGGAAACAGUUCCUCUCUACCCCCACUACUAACCCUAGUUAAUAUCCUCCUUGAUGAAAUCAUAGAUUUGAGCCCACCACUGGCUGUAAUAAUUUAACGUCUUCUUUGAUUUUGUGAGAGGAAUAAAGUUGUAUUCUAUUCCUAAAAUGUCAAAUAAUAGCUUAAGAGUAAAAUUAACACUAACCAUGCGUUUCCGGCCAAUAUUAACUUCUAGUGAGUUUUGGUCAAUCAGUUUAAAUAUUCUCAAAAUAUUCUGUCUGUUAUAAUAUCCUAUUUGGAUGUUAUUUUUUUGAGCAGUAUCAUUCAUGACAUUUAUGAGAUGAUAUUUUCUGUGAUAUAACGACUUCUUUCUUAUCUUAUGUCUAUUUUCAUAAAAAUCCACAUAUUCGGGAGCAAAAUAUUCAUCAUGCACUUGGCCACAAUUAAUACACACGAGGUGUCUGUCCCUGAUCAAUUUCAUAGAAUCGCAGCAGACAUAACGCUGUGGCUUACCUGGGUCUUGAAUCUGCUUGGAUUAAAGGGGGCAAUUUACGGUAUUAUCAUAUUGGAUCAAUAACUCGUGAACUUGUUUAGUACACGUUAAUAGUAAAUAGUGUUAUGGCUUUAUAUAGUUUAUUCCCAUUAGAUUGUUAGUUCGUCAAUUAAUUUUUGCUUUUUUGCUGUUAUAUUGGUUAAUGCUUGUUCUUUUGUGCAUUUAUUAUAUCGUGCCAUUGUUUUGUAUCGUUUUCCCUCGAUUGUUGUGUCAUAGUAUAGCAGCUUAUUCAUUGGAUCAUCCUUUAUUUUGAUUUUAUCACCGAAUUUUUGGCGCAAUCGUUCUCUGAGCUCAUUUUCGGAUUCAAUGUAUGCCUGAUGUUGGUAUUUGAUUUCCUUUUCUUUUUUUUUGGCAUGUUGUCUGUUAAGUGGUAGGGUACCAUAUUUUUCACUAUAUGCAAUGAUAUAUUCUGCUUCCACUUUGUUGAAUUCUGUUGUGUCUUUAUAGCGGAGCUCCUUGCGCGCGCGAAGCGCGCGAGCGUAGCACCAUGACUAAGAUAAACUACCCAUCCGAGAAAUUUUGGUUAUGACGUCAGCGUCCGUCCGUCCGUACGGACUUUCCGGGUAGUGGAAAGUAGUCCGCAUGGACUCUUGGGGUAGGGGAAAGUAGGGAUUUUUUUGGCGGGAAAUCGCAUGGCGCAACGUCGCGCAAUUAUAUCGCACAACUGGUUUUGAAAAGAGAAAUUUCAAAGCAACUUAGCAAAAAGAUUUUUCGACAGAGCCUUUAUAACUUUUUAUCACAACUUACGAAAGCUAUUAUGUCAACAAACAACAGCAGAGAGAUUUAAGCGUGUAGACGACAGGUUUUAAGCAGAGAGCAAAGAGAAGGUGAACGGCAGAGAGUAAGAUUCAACGCGCGUAGAACAAGCGAAGACGAUCGCCAAUGAGAGCGCGUUAGAAGUAGAAGAAGAAGACAAAAUUUUAGCGAAGAAAGUCGGCAAGUAGAAAGAGUCAGAGCGAGAAGAAGGAGAGAAAAUUAUAGUGAAAGACGCCGGCAAGCAGAACGAGACAGAGCUAGAAUGAACAGACAAAGGCAACGCGCGAGAGAAAUACAAAGGCAAAGAGAACGGCAGCAAAAUAAUGACAUGAUGACAGAAAGUGCUGUGUUAAUGUCACUAUGGCCCCGCGUUAUUAACAUUUUGAUUUCAAACUGAUCUCGGACGCGAAAAUUCAGCCAGUCAUUUAAAAAUACAAGCAGGGAAGACAGAGGCUUUUCACUUUUCUCACCAUAGUCACGCGUUGAUCACGCUUUACGACCGUCCAAUUUUUAUGCUCUGAUUGGUCAAAAUUUGACAGGUGAGUUCAUGCAGAAAAUUUAUACAGCAUCUUGAACCUUGUUUACUUUGACAGCUGAAGCUGACAGAGUAUUUUGUCAACUUGUGAUGUUUUUUACUGUCUUUUCCCACUGGAUGCUUAAAAUGAAAUACAGCUGCUAUCAACAGUCUUCUUUGAUUCAUGGCUGGUUUGUUUAUUGAAUUUUUGGUUGGGAAAUGCGCCGGUUGUCAAAGUUGGAAAUCCGAUUUCGGAUGCAUCGUUUUCGUUUUUCACCUUGCUGGAUGCGGGGUUGAAAAGUCCCUCAAGCGAUUCUGGCCUUACUUGAUAGCUUUCAAGAGCUGCAUAUCGAAUGGUAAGCCUGAGUAAUUAUUGUAUACAGUGUAUGUUUGUUUUUUUAUAUCUAAUUUCAUGAAGUCGAGCGAAGUUUAUGAGGCUAAUUUAUGCACGUUUGUAUUAAGAUCUGAGACAAUGAUCUGAUCUAGUAUAUAUAAGCUUACAGAGCUUUAAAAAGCCUUUAGUCGAUAUUUUCUCUCCGCAUAUAGAAUGAAAAAACGUUCUGAAGAGUAUUUAGUUAUAAUUUUGGCUGUAGAAAGAAAGCUUUGAGCGAUUUUCUUGCCUCGAGUUCAUCUCUGAAAACAGUAAACACCAGGAAGCCGGCUAAAAGCUUUAGGCUUAAGCGUAAAGACUCAGGAUUUUUAGAGACGCUUUAAUACUUGUCUUCGUGAAUGAAAAUUGUUGUCUCUGUAAAUGUUUCACCGAAUUACAUUUCUUUUAAUGAUUGUGAGUAGUCUCUUGCAAUUUUAAUCGCUUUGCUGUUUGUUUUCAGUCGUUCAUAGACAACGCUUGCAGGAGUACUCAAAAUGCUGCGCGUAUCAAACGCUUUUUAAGAUUACACAUCGUUAUAAAACCAUUAAAUAAAAAAAAUAAACAACAAAUUCUUUAUUAUGUUGAAGCGUAACUCUUUUAAUGUUCACUGAAAAUUUGGCGCUUGUCAAAAGUGACAACCGGCUGGCCGUAUAGGUGAUUUUGGAAAUUUUUUGAACGGUUUUGCUAAAAGCCCACGCGUGCUUCGUACGGUUCUGAAUAUUGAAUGAGUGCAAUUUGUCUUGAAAAAUUGUGAAAUACUGCAUUUUGUCUGAGGUCUGUAUGAUAAAAACAGCGCCUCAUAUUUCUGUUUCACCUCAGAUGUGAUGCAUAAAAAGUAUGAAAUGUUGGUUUACAUGCUCCCAGGGUUGUUGGCAAGAUUUUGUUACGUAAACUUGUCGAACGUGAAAUAUUCGGCCUGAUUUGUUUUUUCCAUGAAUUCGUUUUCCAGGCCUAAUCUACUGUGAUCAAGAGCUAUUAUGGCUCUUAAAUGUGAUCGACGAUGAUUGCUAUUUUUUGGGUGUAUAUAUACCGGCUAUCAAUUCGAUGUAAGAUUUUUUUUCACUCUAAAAUCACUUAGACUUAGCUUUCCCUAAAAAGUCACAUAUGUGCCCUUAAGUUAACUGAUUUGUGGAUUACAAGUUUAUUGUUUGAUGUAAAUCAUUAAUUUAUUAAUGGGAGCUUCGCUUUUAGCCCUGGCUAAAUCUAUAUAUUAAGGUGCUAAUAUCAUUGGCCUUAUUGUUGGAUUAUCAUUUCUGUACUCUUAGUGUCAGUCUUGUACUCUUGUAACCUUGCUUGGAGAUUCCUGAGUGAACCACCAACAUACAUUUUAUCAUUGUGUUGGAAUGUAAAUUAAAAAUGUAAAUUUGCCCAUUAUGGUAAUCAUCAUUAAAGUAACUAUUUAUUGAUUCCAUAUUCAUGAAUGGGGGAUUUUCAUGUUUAUAUUUGGGCUUCUUGUUACUGAGUUGGAUGUACUCCAAAUUAGUUGUUCUGGAGAGGGCUGUAUAUGAUUGUUUCUUAUCCAUUUUCUCAAAGUCGAAAAUAUUCUAUGGCUUAUUUUAAAUUGUACCACCCUGAUAUUUGUAAACGGUAACACAAAAUGCCGGAAUGAAUGAUUCGGCAAAAACACUGUGUUCAAAAAUUUUGUCACCAAGCAUAAACAAUAAAUUACCUUCUGCAUCAUGAUCGAUUUUAGUCAGUUCAAAUUGCAUCAUGUUAAAUAUAUCGCGUUUGGCCAGAUUCGUUGUGGCUAAAUAUUGCGUCCCAGCAGCUACCCUAUAUUGUUCCUUUUUGCCUUGGUACUUAAAUUUGAUUUCAUGAUAGUCUUUAUCUUUUGUAAAUCUGUUAUAACAUGCUUCUGUGACCCCUUUUCUAGUUUCACGGAGCUAGCAUAUAUUAUGGUAACUUGGUUUUUUGGCCUGAAAUUUAUGACUGACAGUUCCUGUAAUGAGGAAUUCGGUUAGCAUAUUUUUUGUGGGUAUACCAUACCGGGAUUUUUCUCCGUCAAUAUACUUCAUUUAUAUUCGCCCGGGACACAUCUGUUUUAUUGAUUCUGAUUUGAAAUAGUUAUAAUGUAUUUUACUUGGUUUUUCCACUCGGACACAUUGGUUAAUAUCUCCGAACAUGUAGAUUGUAGACCCGAAUUUUGUGAAUGCGUGGUACAACUUUGUCAUCCACUUAUAUUGGGUGUCACGCUGUAUUCUUCCAUAAAUAUAGUUUUGUCCUUCAGAUUGUUUAUAUCACGCCCAUAAUAAUCACAAAAAUAUCUGUCAAAAGUAUAGCACUCAAAUUCUAAUCUAGAUUCUGGAUACUGAUUUUUGAAUACUUUUUUUACGUUCUUGAUGGCUUUAUUUGUGAAGGAUAGGAUUAUUGGGUUUGUGGCUUUAGAUGCCAUUUCACAGAGUUUGUAAGUUUUGCCACAGCCUGGGCCACCAUAAUAAAUUACUCCAUUUCCCUUUUGAUCUGUAUAAUUAUCUAGAAAUAGGUUUUCCCCAUAAUGUUUCUCGAAAUAGGUUGCCGGACUGUCAGUUAAGAAUGUUUUGCUAAUAUUCGAUACUUCAAAUUUGACAUCUUUUUUGUUUGGAUAUUGGUAUUUCGGUUUUGUCAUAAAUACGCCGUCGGUGUUAAUUGCAUAAAUUUCACUUAUAAUAUGUCCAUUUUCAUCGUGACUACAAUUCUUGGCUAUCAGUUUCAGACAUUUCAAAAUAGCCUUCAAUAUGACAAAUCUAUUAAUUGAUGUAUUGUCAGAAAGCAUACGCUCGACUUGGCGCUCUCUAAUUAAAUAGAUUUCCUGUUUGGUUCAUGGAUUUUAAUAACUUUCAAUUGUUACAUCCCUGUUUUCAGCAAGUGCUGAUGUCCAGAUGCAUUGGGCCGUAUCAAGUAAAUUACAUGUAAAACUAUGA